AUGUGCAAGGUGCUGAGCGACCUGGUGAGGGACCUCCUUGGUGUCUGCCAUGUGCUUAGCAGGAAUACCUUCAUGCCCGGGAUUCACCCAGCCCCUGGCACGGACAACAGCUCUGAAUCCUGGAGUGUCCAGAAUAACUGCACCUACUACCAGCUGCUCGUGAUUCUGGAGCCACCCCCUGGGUGCUCUUUCAGCCUGGACACCACAAGGCAGCUGCCAGCAAGGUGCUCUGGCAUCCGUGUGCUGCAGGAGUGCACGUGCUCGAGGCAGCAGCUACUGGGGAACACGCUGUGCUUUCUCCACCCUGCUGGCAAUGAACUGCUGAGCGAACAGAGCUGGAACGCCCUCAGCAUCCUCUGCACAGGCUCCUACUUGGACAUGGAGAAAAUUGCCUACUGGGUGCAAAUGUUGGUACGAGAAGCCUGGUGGCAUUUGCCUCAGUCAUACUGGUGGCAGCUGACGGUGCUGCCUUCCCGCCAGUCCUGCAGGUUCCAGCUGACCACCCCCUGCGAGAUGCAGACCUACAUCGAGCUGGUCUUUGCAGUGCAGCAAGGCAGCACAGGCACGUACCCGAGCCUUCAGCAGGCAGUGGCCAACCUUCCCAGCAGCACAGCAUGA